AUGGCCAUUACAAUGAAGGGAAAAGCGUUGGAUGAUAUUGAUGCCCGCCGUAUCUCUCUUGGUCAGCUUGCUGGACAGCUUUCCGGUUUUAUUGGUGGUGGAGAUGAAGUUAAAAAUGCUCUUGUGAAUGGUUUGCGCAGUAAUGUAAAUCAGCUUGAAAAGCUUUUAAAAGCAUCUUGCGGAGGUAAGGGGUGUGAUUGUGAUAUUAAGAAUUUCCGUGUUGGACAUCUUAAAAAUCUUCAAAAGACAUUUGAAAAAUAUGAUGAAAUUGCAACAAAAAUUAAUGGCCUUAAUAAAGAAAUUGCUGAAAAAAGUAAGGCGCCUGAAGGGGCGCCGCCCGGCGGUGAGUCUGAGAUUGAUGAGCUUAAAAGUGAAAUUGAUGAGCUUCAAAAAGAAAUUUUGCAACAAAGUUCCACGCUUAAAGACAAAAUUACAAUUGUAAUUGAUGCUGUUAAAAUUGUAAUUGAGUCACUUGAUGCUAAGAAAAAUAAAGUUGUUGACGCUCAAUCUCAAGUGAAUGAGCUUAAAAAGCAAAUUGAGGAGGGGGAAAAUAAUGAUAGGCUUAAAAAUAAGCUUAAACAAUCUGAAGAGCAACUUAAAGUUGCAAAAAAUGCUUUCCCUGAAAAAGAUUCUAAAUCUCUUGACUCUCAUCAGAAGUCUAUGAUGUCUCUCAAGAGUCUACAAACGCUGUGUCAACAUUGUAAUGAAGUUAGUAAAAUGAAGCAAAAUAAUGAACAGCCUAAAAAGCUUUUAGAAAACCUCUGCACAGGCCUCGAAAAAUUUCUCGGCUACCAUGAUGGUAAUUACACCGGAGAAGGAAUUGUGUACUCCGACCUUGACAGGCUGUGCGACGGGGUGAUGGCGUUCUUGCAUGGAGUUCUUGGUAACAUUAAGCCUAAAUUAGGCCAGCAUAAAGACACUUUAACUAGCGCACUUAGCACACUUGAAAGCACAAAUGAUAAUGGUAUUACUAAAUACAGGGCGGCGAUAGCCGCGGUGGCCGGUGGUGUACGUGCAUAUAAUGAGAGAGUGGCAGCGUCGAAUGAGAGUGUGAAAAGUGUUGUUACUGCAUUGCGUGAUAGUGUUGGACAUACUUUAACAGAUAAGUUGAAUGCCAUAAAUGAAAAUAAUGUUUCUCAGGACGCUGAGUUAUCCCGGGCUGUGGAGGCGGCGGAGGCCUUGGUCAAGACGUAUGCUUCUAAAGGUACGGAUUUCAAAAAUGAUUUUCGUGAUAAAAUAUAUGACGAUUCCAGAGACGCUUCGAGUGGUAGGCGACCCGAAUACAGAAAAGGUCGCCGUGUUGACAAGGCUGUAAGGUUUGAAGAUAGAGAUGAAUUAAAAGACCUGAAUGCUGAAUUGAAAAGUAGAAUUAAUAAUGCGAUCGAAAAUAUUGUUCAUGAGGGUAAUCGACUCAGUGAGUUGUCUGCGAUGAGAAAAAGUGACAUGAAUGCUAUGACGAGUAAAAUUCGUGAUACCUUGAAUGGACUUAAGAGGUGCGUGGAUGACAAAAUUCAUGAAGCAGUCAACACGCUGGUUAAGCAAUUUAAUCAAAGGCUUCAGAAGAUUUGGGAUGAUCUUAAGAAAAUUAGCCAGAAGUUAGAGGAACAUGUUGUCGAGUUGCUGCAGUGGAUCGAAAAGGCGGAUAAAAGUGUGGAUGAAGCGAUGAAAGGCGUGACAAAGAUUGAGAAAAAUGACGUGGGAGCGAAGAAACAAUUUGAUGCUGAAUGCAAAGCAGAGGAGUUGAAACAAAAGGCUACAGAGCUUUAUAAUAAAUUUCAGAGCGCGAAGAGCGAAGUGGAUAGAUUGGUUAAUGAUGGAAAAACUACUAAAGUCGACCAGCUGAACGGUUGGAAAAACGCCGCGAACGCUGUGAUCGGAAAGGCGGAGGGGAAGUGUACGGAGAUAUUGAAGAGGGUGGAUGAAAAGUCCGCUGAGAAUGGAGGACAAGUGAAAAUUAAAGAGCAAGCUGAAGCGUUGCAGAAAAAAGCCACGGACCUUUUGAGUGCUUACGCGGCGGCGUAUACUAAGGUUUCGGAGUUGGUAAGUAAAGUUACCGCAGCCGUUGCAGAUCUGGAAACCGGCAUGAAAGAGGAUUUGGAGAGACUGCAAAAAGAGAUUGUAAAGAAUAUGAAAAAGCAUGUUGGUGGGAUGCUUUUGCAGAUUCAGGGGCAAGUGGAGAAGGAUUUGGGGAAGGCUGGGACGCUUUUCAGUAGUCUCGAGGCGGCGUAUAACGCCAGCCAAGGUAACGAGGCCCCCACUUCCCUCGCUCCUGGUCCCGGCGACCCUCUCGAACAGAGGGUUAAGCAUAUAAAGACGGAAGUCAACAAGGGGAUGAAGGAAAACGGUGGCGAAUUGGAGGUUAAUGAUGUCAUGAAAAAAUACAUCGAGAGGAAAAACAAAGCUCAAGGAGGUGGGGACAGCCUGUAUAAAAAGCUAAUUGACAAGGAGAUUAAAAAUUCUGUAUCAUCUUUCGAAAAUAUGUCUGAGUUCGCAACACAAAAAAGUGAACUUCAAUCGGGCACCGUGGUUGACAGCACAAAGGCCGUUGACACCCACGUCUCCACAAUCACCCAAGAGCUCCAGGCCAUCGCCCACUACGUCGAUAAUACGAAAGAAAACCCUAAUCCGCCACCGGCCGACAGUGAUCCAAAUGGUAUCAAACAGUACUUGGAAAAUCUGAAAAAUACCGGCCUUGAAAAAGGUGAUAGCUGGACACCACUUGGUGGCGGUGCUGCGAAUUCCAAAGGCCUCUUGAAGAUCAAGGCGGAGAUUGAGGGGGCGCUUGGGGGGAUUAAGAGUAAGAUGGAGACAGACUUCCAAUCUGCUCAAACGUCCACAACUAAUGGAAGUAUAUUCAAGACAUUAUCGUCACAAAUCUUCCAAAAUCUCAGCGCUCUGGUCGAAGAGUUCAAGAAAGCCGGCCAGAAAGUCAACGAGCAAUUGAACACUCUAAAAGUUGACAAAAUCGGUAGGACCUAUUUAGGUGACAAAGCUAAGCCAAAUACGCUGCAGAACCUUUACAACCUACUCGCGUCGCAAAACGACGCUUUAAAGAAGACAAUUCAGGAAACUGAAAAAUUAAUCAAAUUGGAAGCAGACCAAUUUAGGACGAAAUGCAUAAACGCACUCACACAACACACAGGCCAACAAGUCUCAUCUGCAAUCGCCACUCUCACAGCCCACGCGCAAAAACAAUACGUUUCCUCCGUCAAGUUCCUGCUCACGAAGUUCGCCGACAGAGUUCAAAAGAUAUUGAAACCUCUGCCAACAGCCAUCGACACCGACCGAAAGGAGGGCUUUAAGGGUUUUAUGAGAACCUUUGAAGGCAAAAUUACCGAUAAUGCAACGACUGACGAAAACAUUAAAAAGCUCAAAGAUCUUGCAAGUGAGUCCACUGACACAGCUGAGGAGAAAGCAACACUCUUCAAAAAAUUGUCUCAGAAAUUCAAGGAAUUCGUCGGGCCACUAAAGGGGUAUUUGGACACGGAGAUCAAGAGACUCUAUAAAGACAUCAACGCAAAGAAGAAUCCUCCAGUCAUUAUCAAUGACACCGAUAAACAUCCUUACGCCGACGCGCUUGACGCCGUGCAAUCCAAACUAAACACUCUCCUCGACGAAAUUCACAACUCCGGUCACUUCACUCACAGUCUCACCAUUAAUCUUGGUAACCUUAGCACCGCACUUCAUAGUUUAGUUCCGACAAAUUUCGAGGGUCCGUGCAACACGCUGCCGGACGUUCUCAAGUCCGGCAUGAGAAAAUUCACCGAGCAACUCUCCCACGCGUACGUGAACAGGUACAGUGGUAUGAAAUUCCAAGAUGAGUUGCUUAAAAAAGAAAAUGACUUCGACACCUCCACCACCGAUAAUGUCCUCUCCACCGAGGGCCGCAACUGCGCCAAGGUCUGCCUGACCAUAGUGGAUAUCUUAGAUCGCGACAUGUAUACUUUGAAGCAUAGUUCUCUCGGUGGUUGGAAAAAUGAUAAUAUUAUCUCAACUACCAAACUUGGCGCUUUUCUCAAAGAGUGUGGAUACAUCGUGUCCGACUCUGCCGAUAAGCAAAAUGGUCAGCUGGACAGACAUCAUAAUGGUGAGAAUAUUUGUAAAUUAUUCAGCCAGAAAAUCACCUAUAUAGCCGGUGAAUCCAAAAACCUUGUGGAAAAAUAUUUCUCGACUAAGAAUGGUGUAGAAGUUGAUAAGAUUAUUAAAGUCCAUUACACUAUGUUCGACAAGUACCGCUACGUCUGCCACCUUAAGCAUGUUCCCAACGCAAAGCCUCCGACCACUGUAAACGAAAUGCUCCAUUGGCUCUCCGCAAUCCAGUGGAACCCGAUGUACAAUGAAUUGCGAUUGCACUUCGACACAUGGUUUAAGGCAUCAACUAAUGACUAUAAAUUAUCAAGCGAUUCGUUUGACGUCGCCGCGCCAUAUAGGGACGCCUGGACGAUGAAAGCAACCGUCAGCAUUAAAAACAUUAAAGACUUAUUCAACACUGUAACCCUGCGCUCAUAUGAAAUAUUACGUGCUUUCGUAGGCCAUGGCCAUGCUGACGGCCGUUAUGCCUGCGAAUUUUAUACCAACCCAGACAAUUUGGAAUAUCCUAAUGACAUCAGUAAAUGUUUUGAUAUGCUCGUAGAUAUAUGUUUAAGACUUAAUUACCAACUUCAUUUCCUAUAUACACAGUGCUGCAAUGGUCCUGAUAGUAGCGGCUGGCGUGAUUGCCAUUACGGCAGGCACGUCGGUGGGUCCAACUGGAGCUGUAAUAAGCUCCAAUGCCCUGGCCAACAGGGUGACCAAAGUGCCAACCAAAUAGCUAACCAAACGUGUGAACAACACCCUAAGUGCUGUAUAAAAUCUCCCCUCCAAGCAUAUUUGGAAGACGGUCUUCCAGGCUUCCUCCCACAUACAUUCACUUUGCCCAGUUGUAAGUUAACAUGUUCAGUGCGUGAUCACAGAGGUAUUCCAUGUAUCACACCGAUGGGCUUCACCGAUAUUGGUAUUGCAGCGUCGCAUACAAAAACGGGUGCCCAUCUGAAAUCUCUUCUUCAACCUUUCUGUAGUUCAGCAAGGGAACCACUCACUAUGCUCUGCGCUUUCUUCACGUGUCUUAUUCGUAGGCCUCCUCAGACUCUUGGUGACAUGUUUGCAUUUUAUUAUAACUUCCUUGAGCAUUAUUCGGGACAAAAUCAUAAGCAAAUCGCAUUUGACGAGGCAGCCCGAAAGGCCAACUUCGGGAAUCCAGAUACUAAAUUGGACAUUGUGUCUAUACAAGGCAGCAAGUCGCACACUGCUAAACAUUCCCAAGGUGACUUAUUUGGUAUAAUUAGCUGCAACACUUCCGGGUCCUCCAAAAAUCCAGUCGUCCCCUGUGGAUCGUAUAUGCAGCCCCUUACAUUAGAUGUAGUCUCCAUGUUUUCCGAAACGCGCGCUGCCAACUAUCUUUCGUGGAUUGUAUAUAUAACAGAGACAUUCUGUGUUCUGCUCAUGAAAUUGCUUGAUGAGUGCUGCAAUAACUGCAACAAACCAGGCACCAAAUGCCAUGAUAAAGCCUGUGCGGAGAAAUGUGAAGUGAAAUUGGCGUAUGAAGCUGAACAAUCGAAAAAUGCUCCAACAUCGCCCGCAGAACAUACAGGUAAAAGGCACAGUACAGACUGCCAUUCCAUUGUCAAAUGUCAACUUACACAUCCAACACUGUACAAAUACGGUUUCACCUUCGGAAGCCCAUGGAACCUAAGUGGCGAUAAUGGUGUUGACAACAAACGAUCAUGCCAAGAUUUCUGCCAGGCAUUGGGAAAAGUGUGUCACGGACGAUCGGUGCUUGCCGACUUGGUCAUUAACAAAAUUCCAGCAUUCUUAUGGGAGAUACGAUACAAAUUCUUCUACACCCUCGUUGCCCUCUGGUCGCUGUCGCUCCUGUACCUGCUGCACAUCGCCGUCGUCCGCCUCGACGUCCUGAGGAUACGCUCCCACCUGAGAUCACCCUCAAGCCACCGCAUCGCCGCGCAGUCCCUCCUCGCCGCCGCACGCGUCAAGGCACUCGCCAACGUCAAGUACUUCUCACCAUAA